AUGAAAUGGAAAAAUAUUUGGGUAGCGUUCAUGGAUAAAAUCAUCAAUUUAGAUACUAGAGAAUUAGUUGUACCAAAAAAUGUCACACCGAGGAAAUGUCAGGUUGAUAUCUCGGCAGAUAUACUCCUUUCUCCUUUAAGACAUUAUAAAUUCAAUAAAGAAACAUUUCCUAGUAUCAAUGAUAAUCAUAUCGGAAAUUCUCGAGAUACUAGUUUUGAGAAAAUGAUUUUGCAACAAACCAAUGGUGCAGGUGUAGACAUUGUUCUAAAUUCUUUAGCCGAAGAUAAACUUCAAGCGAGUCUACGUUGUUUAGCCUAUAGAGGUAGAUUUUUAGAAAUUGGACAAUUUGACUUAGCCGCAAAUAAUGAAUUAAGCACCAAAAUCUUUAUGAAAGGUAUCAGUUUUCAUAGUGUGAUGUUAGAUAAGGUUAUUAACACAAAUGACGAAAUUAAGAACGAAAUUAGUUCAAUAUUCAACAAACUUAUUAAAGAAAAUGCUAUCAAACCGAUUAUUAGGACAGUUUUCGGCAAAGAUCAAAUAGAGACAGCACUUAGAUUUAUGGCAGCUGGAAAGCAUAUGGGAAAAGUUCUCAUAAAGAUCUGUCAAGAAAAUGAACCACUGAAUACAUUCAUUUUGGUUGAACCUUCUUAUACAUGUAAAAAACGACUUAGAGAAUGGUUAUCAAUCCAUGAGAAUCAAAAUAUGGGAAUCAUACAGCGUAAAUAUCAAGAUUCUGAUCUCGAUGCGGCUAAACAAGAAGACUGCGAGCUUAUCAUGAAAAAAGCGAUAGAUCAAGGUCCAGUUGAUGGUAUAUUCAAUCUUGCAGUUUCUUUGAAAGAUAAUAUUUAUAGAAACCAAACGCUGGAGACUUUUAAAGAAUCUUUCAAAGGAAAAGCAUGGGCCACGAAAUGUUUGGACGAGGUGACCAGAAAGCUUUGUCCAGAUCUUCGACACUUCGUAGUUUUUUCUUCUGUCUCGUGCGGAAGAGGAAAUGCCGGACAAACGAAUUACGGUAUGGCUAAUUCCAUUAUGGAAAUAAUAUAUGAAAAAAGAGUAGGUUUGCCUAGAUUAGUUAUACAAUGGGGAGUGAUUGGAGAUGUUGGUCUAGUUACAGCAUUGGAAAACAUUUAUAUAGCAACAACUACAUUAAUAAUUGAAAGAAGAACUUGA